AUGGAAUCCCAUCUCAACCCUCGUCAGCACCCUUUCCUAUUCGCAUUCAUAUCUAUCCUCGUCGUUCUCACGGCGAUGUUACUGCAUUCGACCUCACUGUCUCCCUUUGUUUUGAGUUUAUUGAACUAUUCAACACCUUAUGUUCGGAAUGCGCGCACCGGGGUUUCCUAUCGUGGCACAUCUACAAACGGCGUCGAACAUUUCCAGAACAUUUUCUACGCCGAAGAUACAUCAGGCUCAAAUCGCUUUGCACCACCUGUUCCCUGCGCACCACCUCCCGGCACUAUCGUCGAUGCAACUGCCGCUGGUGCCUGGUGUCCUCAAGGACUCGGAGGACCUCCGCUACCAUUCACGAGUCCUAUCACCAACGUGAGCGAGAACUGUCUUAGCCUACGGAUUGCGCGACCGUCUAACAUUGAUUCAUCUGCGAAAUUGCCGGUUCUGGUUUGGAUACAUGGCGGAAAAGCCAAUGAGGAGUCUAUCUUUGAAUUACUGAAAAAGAAAAACCCAGGGGUCCGUGACAAUAUUGAAUUCUUCGGCGGAGACCCAGGAAAUGUUGUCGCAGUGGGGCAAAGCGUGGGUGCAAUGGCUAUUGGCUUGCAUCUCGUCUCGUAUUCAGGCACUCAAGGAGUACCCUUUCAGAAAGCAAUGAUGAUGUCCGGGGCAACGGGGACGAAUUUUAACAUCAUGAGCAGCCUCGUAGCAGACAAUACCGCAACUGUGGCCAAAUCUGUUGGUUGCACUCAGGACGAUCCAGACUCUCCAGCAACUGUGGAUUGUCUGCGAAAAAUUCCUCUCGAAAACUUAAUGGACACUUCCGUGAAACUUGCUCGACAAUUAAGACCACCUUUCGGAGAGCUAGCUUUCUAUCCCAGCUAUGACGGCGAUUAUAUUUCCGAUCGACCUUCUGUGCUGCUCCGUAAGGGAGCUUUUGUAAAAGGGAUACCGAUUAUAGGCUCCUGGGUUACCAACGACGGCGCCUGGUACGCUCAGCCAUCCAUCAGCGACGAUGCCUCUGUACUCGAAAGCUUUCAAACAUUCGUUCUCGGUCUCUCACAGUCUUCACUACAACGUCUGCUAUCCCUCUACCCACUCUCCAAUUUUAUCCACCUCGUCAGCCCCGACGAGGAAGCGACAGCAGAUUAUUAUCGAGCAGCACAGAUAAACCGCGAUAUCUGGUUUACAUGCCCCGUCAUUGACUUUACCUGGCAGUACGCUCGAUUCGGCGGCGACUCGAAUAUCCGUCUGUACAAUAUGAAUCAGACAAAGUUCGGUCCGAUAUUGCAGUACAUGGGCGUUCCUCAGUGGCACGUCUGCCACCUCUCUGAUAUUCCGUAUCUCAUGAACGAAGACGUCGCCGCCGGCGGAGACAACAGCCCCGAUCAGCAGUCCCUUUCUGCUCUGUUGAGUGGUAGCGCCGCUGCCUUCGCUUACUCGGGAGACCCGACGAUUUCAAGAGGUCGAACUUUCAAAGAUUGGCCGAUCGCGUACUCGGACCAAAGUGAACAGGCUUUGAGCAAAGAGUGUCCGAAAGAUCUGAGCUUGUAUGUUGUAGGAGGACCGCAGGGCAGUGGUCCCGCAAGCAUGUCUUCUGGAACAGGUGGUGGAGCCAAAUCGGAGCGUGAGAAAGCAUUGGCGUGGGAGCAGGUGAUGGAGCGGUGUGCCUUCAUCAACUCGAUUCUGGACGAAAUUGGGGUUUGA